CAGAGAAAAAGAAAUGAAUGAACUAAUAUUAGAUUAGAACAAAAUAUAGGCACAGAAGGACAAGAACGACAUAUUAAAAGAAUAAAAUAAAAAAGCUGAAAGGGAGAUAACUUAGAAAUGUUGUUGCAGAAAAUUCCACUCAAGUGUCUGCAUCAAUUAGUGCACUAAAUUUUUCUUCAAAAGAAAGGUAUGAUUUUCAGUUUGCACUACGUAUCUGUAGUGUUUGUGCAAAGAAAGUUGUUUUUACCUCUCUUUUUUUCCUUUUUCUCUUUUAUGUAAGGAUAUAUUGAUUCUUGAACCAUCAACCUCCUCCUCUUAUAUAUAGUCUGAUAUAUCUUAUAGUCUUGACAAUAUUCAGUCGUCAAGUAGGUAAAGUAGGCAUACGAACCAAUUUGCCUUAGACUCUAUUGGAACAAAGCAAAGAAAGAGGCGGAAUGGAUAAGGGCGAUGUUGCUUGGCGCGAAGGCUACUGGUUCGGGGUUAAAGUACAGUACUGAAGUUCCUCGGACUUCCAGGCGGUUUUUCUUUUGUGCAGGUGUUCACUGUUGGAUCUCGCCAAUAUAGCCCCCUAUAAUUUUCAUUUGGUCUAUGUAACUAGAGGUUGGUUUGAGUGAUCUUCGAGAAAAUAGUGAAAUACAAGUAGGUAAAGAAGCAGAAUAUGACUAGCAAGAUAGUAUAUUGGUGGUUGUUGAUUUUGUUCAUAGUAAAUGGAUGGUGGUGCUGUUAUUGUUGUUGGAAAGAAGAAAGGACUGCUCUCUUGCAACUUAAGGAAAAUAUAAACUACACAGGUGGUAGUUAUUUGCCAUCGUGGGUUGCGAAUGAAACCUCAGAUUGUUGCCAAUGGGAGGGAAUUGUUUGCAGCAACACCACCAGAAGAGUCGGUGAGUUGGCCAUUACUGUCAAGAAAAUUAGUCAAGAAGAACAACUUAGGACUAAUGGUACAAAUACUGAUGAUAUGUUGAAGAACUGGCUUUUCAAUGCAUCUUUAUUUAUUCCCUUCAAAAAUCUCAAAGCUCUGCUCCUCCCUGGACAUUCAUUGGCCGGUUGGGCGAAAAAUGAAGGUUUCGAAAAACUGAGACAACUGGGGAAACUAGAAAUACUUGAUUUGUCUGGGAAUCAGUUCAAUCGCAGCAUCUUUCAAUCUCUUAGUCAACUUUCAUCUCUCAAGUCAUUGAACCUCUCACACAACAAUAUUGGAUCAGGUUCCGACAUAUGGUUUACACACAACAAAAUUGGAUCAGGUUCUGAGAGAUUGUCAGGCUUAGACAAGCUGGAAAUCCUAGAUUUGAGCGAUAACAAUCUAGAUGAUGAAAAUCUUCUCUCUGCUUUAGAGCUAAAUACAUCUAGAACAGCGUUGAAGAAGCUCGAUAUAAGGUACAACACAUUCCGAAGUUUUAUACCAAAUGAAGAGUUGGGAGCUUUAAGAAAUAUAGAGUACUUACUGUUGGAUGGAAACACGUUGGACGAAAACUUUCUCAGGAGCAGUGGUGUAAUGUCAUCCCUUAAAGUAUUAUCAGUAGCUAACUGCAUGCUCAACGGAAUCCUACCGCUUCAAGGUAAUUCCAGAUAUAAAAGGGCAGCCCGGUGUACUAAGCUCUGCUAUGCGCGGGCGGGGAAGGGCCAGACCACAAGGGUCUGUUGUACGCAGUCUUACCCUGCAUUUCUGCAAGAGGUUGUUUCCACGGCUCGAACUCAUGAUCUCCUGGUCACAUGGCAGCAACUUUACGAGUUACGCCAAGGCUCUCCUUCAAAUUUCAAACAUAGCAUUCACCAAAUUAUCCUUUAUACAACUAAUCUCCUUGUUCAUUUUAUAGGCUUGUGUGAUCUAAAAUAUCUGGAAGAACUAAGUCUUAGCGGAAACAGCUUCACUGGAAAACUCCCUACAUGUCUAGGAAACUUGACAUUUCUUCGGGUAUUUGAUCUGACCAUAAAUCAGUUUACUGGAAACAUUGCUUCAUCUCCGCUUUCAAGUCUCUUGUCCCUUGAAUAUCUCCUGUUAGCAAACAACAACUUUGAAAUACCAAUUUCAUUCGAAUCAUUUGCUAACCAUUCAAAACUUAAGUUCGUCACUGCUGACUACAACUCAGUAAUUGUACAAACUUCUUCCAAAAGCUGGAUACCGAAGUUUCAAUUGGAAGUUUUGUCUUUAAACAACUGCUCUCAAAUGCCAAGUUUCCUUCAUUAUCAACGUCGUUUAAGGCUUCUUCGUCUCUCAAAAUGCAACAUUGGUGGAAACUUUCCAAAUUGGUUGUUAGAAAACAAUCCUAGACUUGCAGAUGUUUUAUUGGACGGAAAUGCAUUCACUGGAAGUCUUGAAUUGCCACUCCUUCCUGAUCUAAAAGCUUUUGAUAUCUCCAACAACAAGAUUCAAGGACAACUUCCUCCUAACAUUGGGUCUAUUUUCCCGAAUCUUGUUAUAUCAACGAUGUCCAACAAUAUGCUUGAAGGCAUGUUGCCUUCAAGUUUUGGCGACAUGAAAGAUCUUGCAGUCUUGGAUUUGUCAUACAAUAAGUUAAUAGGAGACCUACCAAUUGGAUUGGCUCGUAAAGGAUCCAAGUUAAAUUUUCUGAGAUUGUCGUAUAACAUGUUGAAAGGGGAGAUAUUUCUAAUUUCAGCAAACAUCAACAAUUUGGAAUAUUUAUACUUGGAUAGGAACAACUUCUCAGGCCCAACUCCACAGAAGUUAUCCACUGCUCCUUUGAUUACAUUGGAUUUGAGUUACAAUAACUUGUCAGGAAAUGUACCAGCGUGGCUUGGUAACAUCCCCUCCUUAACCUCCCUCGCGCUGUCCAGAAACCAUCUAAAAGGUCAUAUUCCACCUGAUUAUUGCAGACUUGAAGGACUUGAGGUAUUAGAUCUCUCUGACAACAACCUUGUUGGCGUGAUCCCGUCAUGUUUCAAUUCUUCUCUCGGCUUAAAACGUGUGUAUUUGAGCAAAAACAAGUUACAAGGGGAAUUCAACAUGUUCUCAAACACAGAUUUAAAAGUCCUGGAUCUUAGAGAUAACAACUUCAGUGGUUCCAUUCCGAAAUGGCUGGGCAGUACUCUUGAGAUAACCACCUUACUCUUGAAAGGAAAUCGCCUUCAAGGCACCAUUCCAACACAGUUAUGUCAUGCUAGUAACUUAAGAAUUUUGGAUCUUUCUCACAAUAAUCUCUCAGGACCAAUACCUCAUUGCUUGGGAAGCUUAAUGCAAAUAGAAGGGAUCAGUGAAGCAUACCCAUACAGUUCAUCAUUUGGAUAUUCAGGAUUCCAGACAUUUGGAGGAGAUACCUUGAUAAACAUAGAAUCCUCAAUCGAAUCAUCAUCGACAAUUUUCUUUCUAGAUAACUAUGCAUGGGUUGGAGCAGAGUUUACGACCAAAUAUAAUACCUACUCCUACGAAGGUAGCAUUGUUGAUUAUAUGUCUGGAAUUGAUCUUUCUUGCAAUCAGUUAAGUGGUGAAAUACCUAAGGAACUCAGUAAUCUUACUGAGAUUCGGGCACUAAACUUGUCACAUAACCACAUAACUGGAACAAUACUAUCAGAAUUCUCGAAGCUCCAGAAUAUCGAGAGUUUGGAUCUAUCAUACAACAACCUGACUGGGAGGAUUCCCUCUCAACUUGUAGAGUUGACAACUCUAGCAAUUUUUAGCGUGGCACACAAUAAUUUAACAGGUAGGACUCCACAACGUACAUCUCAAUUUGCAACUUUUACUGAAAGCAGUUAUGAGGGAAAUCCUUUUCUUUGUGGUCCUCCAUUACAUAACAAUUGUAUGGAGACCAAAGAGAUACCGAUAUCACCUCGUGCGCUAGAUUGCUGUGAAGAUGAUACUGGUUUUCUAGAUAUGGAGUCGUUCUCUAUCUCUUUUCUUGUGGCAUAUGCAAAUGUGGUGCUCGUAGUGGUUGUAGUCCUCUGUGUAAACCCCUACUGGAGAAAUGUUUGGUUUUAUUUUGUUGAGUCUUUCAUGUAUUCUUGUUACUACUUUUUUGCUUCCAAAAUGUAAACUGUACAUAUUAAGGUCAUCGAUAAGUUAAUCAUGCCUGAGUUCUGCUCCUAUACCUUCUAGUUUCUUAGUACCAAGUAAAUGAUUAUUGAGA